CUCGCCAUGGCGGCGCCCUGCGCGGAGAUGGAGCCGGCGGCGCCUCCGGCCUCUCCCCCCGCUCCUCCUGCGGCCGCGCCGGGCUCGGCCGGGCUCGUGUGCGCGCAGGGCCGCAACCUGCGGGCCGUGCUGUGCCAGCGCUGCGGCUCCCGGGUGCUGCUGCCCGGCGCCGCCACCUUCGCCCGCCGUGAGCUCCUCCUGCCCGCCAUGAGGAAGAAGGCGGCGGCGGCGGCGGCGGGAGGCGGCGGGGACGUGCUGCGGGAGCACUGGCUGGUGCGCGACAUGUUCUCCUUCGAGAACGUGGGAUUCACCCGCGACGUGGGCAACGUCAAGUUCCUGGUGUGCGCCGACUGCGAGGCGGGGCCCAUCGGCUGGCACUGCCUCGACGACAAGGACAGCUUCUACGUGGCGCUGGAGCGCGUGGCCCACGAGUGACGCCGGCCCCGGGCUGGGAGCCGGGCCCGGGAGCCCCGACGGCUCCGUGGGCGGGCAGCCCUGCGGACUGACCGCGGCUGCUCGCCCCAGAGCCCCACUGAGCACGGCCCGCCUGCCCCGCGGCCCGGCUGGCCACAGCUUGCCUGCUCCCCGGUGUGACUGACCCCCAGCUCAGCUGGUCGCCCCAUUUCCCAGAUCCGCAGGCUGAGCAGCGUCAGGAAUUGCAGCCCUGGCACAGCCAGCUCCUCGCCUGCACCCACACGGGAAGAGUGUUGGUGGUGGGAGGGUCCCUGUGCCCUGCAGGGACAGCUCACCCUGACAUUUUUGCCUCGUAGCCCAAUCUGCCCCAGUCUGGCUGCUCUACCACUUCCCUGGUGGCUGCUGUUGCUCCAGGGGGCUGAGGUGUCUCUCCUGCUGGUGGCCCUGUGACACCAUGUAAAUGGGAGCACUGGGACAGGGCAAACAGGAGGACAGGAGUGCUGCACUGAGUCAUCCUGGCAGCUGAAACUGUCUGACCUGCAGCCAGAGCAGUUCCAGGGCUUGAGGCUGCAUCUUCUGUUGAUUUUCAGAAGGAAUGUUUGCUGCCCCAAACUCUAACAUUUAUGUUCUCCAAAACCUCAUCCCACCUGACAGCUGUGGCACCUGAAGUGAGUGUAAGGCAUUCCAACUAACAUGUGCAGUUCUAUUAACUGAGUACUUGGGAACAAAACACAGGUAGAAUGUGCAGACAGCAUAAGCUGACAGAGCAGCAAAAAAAGAAAAUGUGCCAGACCAUAGAGCUUUCAGGCAGCAAGAGUGAAGAGAUUCCAGCCUGAAAAGCAUCUGAAUCAUUCGACAGGCAGUGCUGAAGCAUGUCAGAAAAUAUGUGUGUGUGUUAAACAGUGAUAUGAGGAAGGAAUUUCUCUUCUGUAAAAGCUGGUGGUAAGAGUAAUCUGGGGUAUUGUGGCCAGUUUUGGUUUCUGCCUUUUGAAAGCUGGGCACUAAGAGCUAAUUAAAAAUGGAAGGAGGCUGCA